AUGGAUACGUGGAACCUUUUCCACACCUGCCUGGUGUCCUUAUGGCUGCACAGAUUUUACAUCUAUUCUGCUGUUGCUUUUGGGAUCAGCGUUUGGAUCGUCGUUCUGUUCACCACCACAAAACCCAAAAAGAAGGUAACUGAACAUGGAAGUGCUUUUCUAGUCAACGGAUACGCCACCCCACAGGCAAAGGAGGUCUAUGUUGCUGGGGUAAAGAUUUUCUAUGGGUCUCAGACUGGCACAGCAAAGAGAUUUGCCAAAGGUCUGGCAGAAAUAGUUAUUUCCCUUAAUUUGCCUGUGGAAGUCAUUAGCAUGGGAGACUAUGAUCCAGAUGAUUGUUUGUCAGAGGAGACAACCAGCAGGAACAUUUGCGUGUUCUUGGUAGCUACAUACACGGAUGGACAGCCAACGGAGAGCGCGGCCUGGUUCUGCAAGUGGUUAGAAGAGGCUGCGAAUGACUUCCGCUUUGGGAAAUCCUAUCUGAAAGGCCUGAGAUACACUGUGUUUGGCUUGGGAAACUCUGUUUAUGCAGAUCAUUACAACACAGUUGGAAGAAAUAUUGACUGGUGGCUGUGGAUGCUCGGUGCCAGACGAAUCAUGACUCGUGCUGAGGGGGACUGCAAUGUGGCCCAGAGCAAGCAUGGCAGCAUUGAGGCCGACUUCGAAGCGUGGAAAGCCAAGUUCCUCAGUCGGCUCCAGGUCCUCUGCAGAGGGGAAAAGAAGCCCUGCAGCGGGAAGUGCAAGAAAGGGAAGUGCAAAUCUCCAGGGAAGCAGAACAAGGAGAGCUCGGAUCACGAACUUGGGGCAUCAGAAAACGACAAUACUGAGGCAGAGGAGCUGUUUGAAACCAGUAGUGAGGAAGAGGCUGAUGCUGAGGAAGCUGGAAGCACAAAUUCUGUCAUCGAUGUUGAAGAUCUGGGCAAUAUCAUGGGCCACAUGAAGAAGGCAAAGAGAGAAUGUGAGCUCGAGGGAGGAGAAGUUGGAACGAACUUGACUCGAGAGAACACUGGGAGGAAGGAGGAGGGUGAAAAGAGAGAGAUGAUAACCCCGGCCCUGAGAGAAGCGCUCACAAAACAAGGUUACAAACUAAUCGGAAGCCAUUCUGGGGUGAAGCUCUGCCGAUGGACAAAGUCGAUGCUUCGAGGCCGAGGAGGCUGCUACAAGCACACGUUCUACGGCAUCGAGAGCCACCGCUGCAUGGAGGCCACGCCAAGCCUGGCCUGUGCCAACAAAUGCGUCUUUUGCUGGAG